AUGCCCAAGCUGCCCUCUCUGGUCCCGGCGGCCGUAUCCCAGCCGCUGUCCCGCGGGACGGAGCUGGUGAGGGGAGCGGUCGGCAGUCUGACCUGGGGGCCGGCGCUGUCCGUGGCCAAGCCCGCGAUCCUGUCCGUCUUCUCCAAGAUUGAGCGCGGCACGCUGCUGCUCGUCGACGAGCCGGCCGAGUUCAGGCGCGUGUUUGGCCAGAAGUUGGGCGCAAAGUACAACGAGAACCUCACUAAUGGCGAUUACGUCCCGCGCCGCGCCGAUGCCGUGCCCCGAGUCGAGCUGGUCGUGAAGAGUGAUGCCUUCUGGAUGCGCCUGUUCCUGUUCGCCGACAUGGGCUUCGCCGAGGCGUACAUGCUCGGCGAGAUCGAGUGUAAAGACUUGACGGCUUUCUUCCAGCUCUUCAUCGUCAAUCGCGAAGAAAUGGGCAAUGGAACGACGUGGAUCUCGAGCUUCUCUGCUGCCAUCUCAAGCUUGGCCCGCACCACCAAUACUCUUUCGAAUGCCCUUCUCAACAUCUCGGCGCACUACGAUAUCAGCAACGAAAUGUUCGCAGCCUUCUUGUCACCAGAUAUGACAUAUUCCUGCCCCAUAUGGAAGACGCACAACGACCCGAAUGCGCCGGAAGAGAGCUUGGAGGCGGCGCAAAUGACCAAGCUACACCGUUUCAUUGACGGUGCUCGCAUAAAGGAGUCGGACCACGUUUUGGAAAUCGGGACCGGCUGGGGCUCAUUCGCGAUUGAGGCAGUGAAGAAGACGGGAUGUCGCGUCACCAGUCUGACGCUCUCCAAAGAACAAAAGGCGCUUGCGGAGGAGCGCAUUGAGGCCGCGGGCUUCAGCGACCGAAUCGAGGUUAGACUGCAGGACUACCGGGCAUUGGAGGUGCCAGAAAAGCCGUUCGAUAAGAUCGUAUCGAUUGAGAUGCUGGAAGCCGUGGGCCAGGAGUUCCUGGCAACUUAUUUUGCAUGCAUGGACAAGUUGUUGAAGAAGGAUGGUGGCAUCGCCGUAUUCCAGUGCAUUACCAUGCCGGAAGGACGCCACGAGGCGUAUUCCAAGGGAGAAGAUUUCAUCAACCAUUACAUCUUCCCCGGCGGAUAUCUCCCGUCGAUUACCCAACUCAUGAACCACAUCACCAACGAGUCGAAAGGAACGCUGAUCGUCGAGAAAAUCGAGAAUAUUGGCGGUCACUACUCGAAAACCUUGCGACUGUGGAAGGAGGCAUUCCUUCAAAAUUUCGAUUCGAAGAUCCGACCAGCAUUGAUGAUUGAACAUGAGGACAUGACCGAGGAAGAGAUAGAUGUAUUUAGGAGGAAGUGGGAGUAUUAUUUCACAUAUUGCGAAGCUGGAUUCCUGACGAAAACGCUCGGCGAUGUGAUAAUAACUGUGGGUCGCGAAGGUGCCUUGGAGUUGAUGGAGGGUAUUCCCUUGUGA